AUCCUUGUAGGAAGUCCACAUACGCCUAACACACAUUUUGUAUCACAGAACCAGGCUUCAGACUCCUCACCUUGGUCGGCGGGGAAGCACAAUAGAAAAGGAGAGAAGAAUGGCAAGGGAUUAAGACAUUUUUCAAUGAAGGUUUGUGAGAAGGUACAGAGGAAAGGAACCACUUCAUAUAACGAAGUGGCAGAUGAGUUGGUCGCAGAGUUCAGUGCUGCUGAUAACCACAUUUUACCAAAUGAAUCAGCUUAUGACCAGAAGAAUAUAAGACGAAGAGUCUAUGAUGCCUUAAACGUCUUAAUGGCCAUGAAUAUUAUCUCAAAGGAGAAGAAGGAAAUAAAAUGGAUUGGUCUGCCGACCAACUCCGCUCAAGAAUGUCAGAAUUUAGAGGUGGAGAGGCAGAGAAGACUUGAAAGAAUAAAACAAAAGCAGUCUCAGCUUCAAGAACUUAUUCUACAGCAAAUUGCGUUCAAGAAUUUGGUGCAGAGAAAUCGUCAAGCAGAGCAGCAAGCCAGCCGACCACCACCUUCCAACUCUGUCAUACACCUACCUUUUAUCAUUGUGAACACCAGCAAGAAGACAGUGAUCGACUGCAGUAUUUCUAACGACAAAUUUGAGUAUCUAUUUAAUUUUGACAACACAUUUGAAAUCCAUGAUGACAUAGAAGUAUUAAAGCGAAUGGGAAUGGCUUGUGGGCUAGAAUCUGGAAGCUGUUCUGCAGAAGACCUAAAGAUGGCAAGAAGUUUGGUACCUAAAGCUCUGGAACCUUAUGUGACAGAAAUGGCUCAGGGAUCAAUCAGCAGUGUAUAUGUCACAUCAUCAUCAGGUUCAACUUCAAGUUGCACAAGGUUUUCUGCCAGUGAUUUUACCAAUGGUACAGAUGGAAUGUUGGCAACGAGUUCCAACGGCUCUCAAUACAGUGGUUCCAGAGUCAAAACUCCAGUAUCUUAUGUUGGGGAAGAUGACGACGAUGACGAGGACUUUAAUGAAAAUGACGACGAAGACUGAUUUCUUGGGGUGUAGACAUGUCCCUCCCUUCAAAUUCAGCUUCAGGAAUAAAUUGUUCUAGGGAAGAGAACUUUUUUUAAAAAUGUGGAUUUUUAUUUUUUAUUUUUG